GAUAUGGACCUUCAAGCAUAUUUAGUGAACAAGUUUGCGUCCUGGCGCCCCCCACCACCGAUAGUGGAAGGCAGAACCAAGUGUGACGUCACUUUGUGCUGGACUACCGAGCCUUUUGAUUUUCUGGAUGGGGACCUCUUGUUUUGGGUUCAGAAGAAAGAGAAGAUGCCGCCUUGGGUAGUUGUGUACAGCGGUGGUAAGACAUCGAAAACAAUUAACAAUCUAGCACCGAGACAUCCUCACAAAUUUCGGAUAAAAGUUAUUUUAAAAGCAACUGCAGUGCCAACGCUAGCGGACAGAGCCCUUAAACAUUUUGGUAACGAAAAAAGUAUUUAUAAACACAUUGAAGGUUACAGAGAAACAUCUGAAGACAUGACUAUUCCAAAAGAGAAAGAAAACAUAAUUUCAGAUGAACCGACAAUCGAGAGAUCACGUAAGAAGUGGCUAGAGUCACGAUGGUCUGAAGAAACCAGUACGAGCACUGAUACAGACGGUACUUCUGUUAUUUGCUUCUGCAUGGCUGUGCGAUGUGGCUAUCUUAAACAGGUACAGGCUAUGCUAGAGGAAAGACCAGAUCUUAUCGAAAUUAUCAACUCUAGUAACGGCUUCACUCCUCUUGCUACAGCUGUGAGAAAAGGCGACAUAAACACUGUAAAGUUCCUACUAACAGCUGGAGCUAACGUGAACCAGCCCUCAUCUAGCGGACAAACGCCAUUACACCUGGCUACUCUCGGAGCUCGAGUGGCUCUGGUGGACUUGCUGCUGGACAAUGGAGCAGACUUCCAGGCGCGCGAUCUCAACGGUCUUCGCGUCGAACACUACGCGGCCGACGCAGGGAGUCCGGAGAUGCUCACCCAUAUUCUGCAGCGAGGAGGCGACCUGACUGUGAAGGACAGUAAUGGAUGGACCCCUCUCUUCAGGGCUGUGACGCAAGGAGCCUCGACGGAGCUGAUCGAACUCUUGGUCUUAUCUGGGAGCGACAUCAACACCGCCGACUAUGCUGGACUAGGCUUGCCUUCCGCCGCCCGACUCUUACAUAAUCGACACGGCCGCGACCGAGACUCGAUACUGCGUCUAAUCGACUCCCAAUACCCUCACGAGCAAGCCGUUGCCAACUUCACUCGCCUCACCAAGAAGAUAUCCAGCUUGCACACCAUCCUCAAAUGACGUCCGUUCUGUACGAAGCCUAGGAGUAAUACUCCUCUUAUAGCGACUCCUACUGAAGAACCGAG